CAACACUCAACAUCUCCAACUCAUCUCCUUUCUGGACAACCAUCCAUACCAUCAUACCACAAUGACAGUCUCUUCCACUAUUCAGCCUCUCAAGUCCUCUGUGCCAGCGGUCGCAGAAGCGGCAGAUAUGACUCAUCGCACACUCAGCAAGUCGAUGACUUUUGCCAAUCUGGACCAAUACCAGUACUGGCAUGCCGUCGGACCAAUGCUGGGGAGAAUGCUCUCCAACGGCAACUACAGCAUCCACCAGCAAUAUGAAUAUCUGUGUCUUUUCGCGCACGUCAUAAUCCCGAAACUGGGACCAUUCCCGGGCGGGAGAGACAUAUACAAAUGUCUGCUCGGUGGCACCGGCUCCGUAGAACUCAGUCAGAAUGUCCAGAAAUUAGGACUGACUGCACGGGUUGCGUUCGAGCCCACAAGCUACAUUGCUAGCACCGGAGUCGACCCGCUCAACCGGCACACGGUACACGCUACCCUGGCCGAGUUGAGGGCUAUCGGGUCUGCCACCGUGGACAUGGAGCUGCAUCAAAUGCUUGUCAACGAGUUGACUUUGACGGACCGCGAAGAAAGGCUCAUGUCCCCUGAGCAAAUCUCGGGAACAGCGUGGAAGACGCAAAUUCUGCUUGCUUUGGAUUUGGGACAGACCGGCAUCACGGUCAAGGAGUAUUUCUACCCGGCACUUAAAGCUUCCGUGACGAAGCAAAGCGUGGUCAAUUUGUGCUUUUCUGCUAUUCGGAAAAUGGACAAGCAAGGAGUUUUCGAAGCCUCCAGCAAUGUCAUUGAGACUUAUAUGCAAACUCAGAGCCAGACAGAUCUCUACUUUUUGUCCUGCGAUCUCGUCGAUCCAGCAGAAACUCGGAUCAAGCUUUACCUGAUGGAGCUAGACAUGAGGUUGGCAAAGGUCGAGGAACACUGGACAAUGGGCGGCAAGCUUAAUGACGAAGAGACCUUGCUUGGACUGAAAAUACUGCGGGAGCUGUGGGUAGAGUUUGGGAUUAUCGAAGGUAUGCGGAAUGAGCCGGAGCGGCCAUCGCUGCCUGGAGAUCCUGACACCAUUGUUCCCUUCAUCAUGAACUAUGAGAUGAAUCCCGGCGAGGCAUUGCCCAAGCCCAAAUUCUACUUCCCCUUGGUCGGCAUUUCCGAGCUGAAAAUUGCCAAUGUGCUCACUGCGUUCUUCGAACGCUACGACAUGCCGGACCAGGCCGCAGUCUAUCGCGAUAAUCUGCAGACAUACUACCCCGGCAAGGACUUGGCUGUCGCAACGGAUCAUCAGGCAUGGUUGUCCUUUUCAUACACCAAGAAGAAAGGACCGUAUCUCACCAUGUACUAUCACUAGAGGACUACAUGGUAACAGUCAAGUUGUUUGUAUGUAAUUUAGGAAGUCCCAGCUAGCCAGAAUGGAGAAAGUCC